AUGCUUGCAUAUGGCGCAGCUCCUGAACCAAAAGGAAUCUACAUGGUCGUAAAGACCUUGAAUCAAACGGGGUUACGGGCAAAAAGCGCUCAAACCAAACCUCUCAGACACGACUUGGAUAUCCACUUCAACACCGAGGAACGUGAAACAAGCAGGGCAGCGACCCCUCUCCAAUUAUCGGAUCCUUUUCUUCCCGUCAUUCCCUCGUUGACAACCAGCAACGUGGGGAUGAAACACCGUGUACCAUUACAAUCGUGCCAAGCUGAGGCUCCAUCUCAAUUUCUCAGUUUCGAUAAUUCAGCGCAGGUGGCAUAUUAUUCGUUACGAAGGUCACCUUCGGGACGGCGGCCACCGUUCCGACCAGAUGCAAGUUCUAAAUAUCAGGACCCUAGAUCUUUCGCCGACAAGAGUCUUGGUGUUGGCAGCUCAUAG